UGGAUUACAGGGACGAGCAGGAGCGACGGGAGCGAGCGCUGCUGUCCGACCAGAAACCUGACAAGUAGUGAACCAGGAAAGUUUGCUGGAUUUUCUUUAAAAACUCACUUUUGGAUUGUGUUUCUUUUUAACCCCCCCCCCUCAGGAGGGCCCCCACAGAAGGUAGGUCAAAGCUCUGCUCAGGAAACCAUGCUGAAAAACAUCUUCCUUUUGUGGUGAGCUGCCUGGUGGACAGUCAGAGGCAUCAUGGCGGAACUGCCUAUUGCCCCGGGCGAGGUCUACAUCGAGGUGGACUACGACUAUGAAUACAAGUCCAAGGACCGCUUCAUCACCAUCCACCAGGGCGAGUGUUACAUGCUGGUCAAGAAAACCAACGAGGACUGGUGGCAGGUGAGGAAGGAGGAAGGGACUAAAGCGUUCUACGUACCCGCUCAGUAUGUCCGCGAAGUGCGCAAAGCCCUCAUGCCGCCUCCUAAAGCUCUCCAGCCUCCUUCUGCGGCCGCUGGAAACUCACCUCCACAAAGUAGGGGUGCACUCUGGGUAAAGCCAACCAGUCUGGAUCUUGGACUCCCAGUGAGCACCGAGAACCUUCACAGACACGAGUCCAAAAAUCAGCGCUCGCCCUCCGCGCGCAAUGCCGCCUUGGGGCAUUUCAGCCCCCCCAGUCAGCGCAGGAACAGCGACAACCAUCAACCCCCCGGCUCUCCCAACGACCACGACCGAGGUCUGGCCGGAGCCCUCCAGCCUCCUCAAAAAGCAAGAUCCAGCACUCUCCCCCGUUCCCGAGCCCGAUCCCCAGACCUGGAGCGAGCCCCGCUGGACGUGGACAACACCCAACACUCUGACUCCGCGGGGGAAGAGAGGCGCACCAACGACUCGGAGUCAGGAGACGAGCUGAGCAGCAGCUCCACUGAACAUCCUCAGACGGUAUCUUCGUCAGGUCACGUCCGCGCCGAGUCGCCCGUCUACACCAACCUCCAAGAGCUGAAGAUCAGCCAGACCAACAUGCCCCCUUUCCCCUCCGGCUCCCCGAUCCACGUGAUGGGCGACUGGGAGACCUUCAAGGACCAGAACGGCAGGCACUACUACUACCACCGCUCCACCCAGGAGAGGACCUGGAAGCCGCCGCGAAUCAAGGACUCCAGCACCGGGAGCUCCAGAGGAGAGAGCCAAAGCGCAGGAGAGAGCUCCGAGACCACUCCUCUCUCGCUCUCGCCGUCUUUCUUUCCCUUCCUCUCGCUCUCUAUUGGUCGUCUCCAGCAUCUGUCGUCGGAGGACACCUGCUUCAGUACCUACUCUAGCCAGUCAGACAGUCAGUAUGGCUCGCCGCCGCGCGGUUGGUCGGAGGAGAUGGACGAGCACGGCCACACGCUGUACGUCAGCGACCAUACUAAUGAGAAGUGGUUAAAACACGUUGAUGAGCAAGGCAGACCGUAUUACUACAGUGCAGAUGGUUCGAGGUCAGAAUGGGAGCUGCCAAAGUACAACCAUCCCCCUCAGCCGUCCGGAGACGCUCUAAAGAGCUACAGCCUUGACAGGAAACACGUUGAGCCCAUCGUCCUCACCAAGUGGAGACACAGCGCCUACGUCCCAGACACCAACGACAAGGACGGCCCAAAGCCUUCCUCUCCCGACUCUGACUCCUGCCCUUCGUCUCCCAAGCCCCCCGCCUCUCCAUCUGAAAAGUGCGGCGUUCUGAAUGUGACAAAGAUCACCGAGCACGGCAAGAAAGUACGGAAGAACUGGACGUCUACCUGGACCGUGCUGCAAGGAUCCACGCUGCUAUUUGCCAAAGGCCAAGGAGGCGGGACCAGCUGGUUUGGAGGCAGUCAGUCCAAACCAGAGUUCACUGUGGAUCUGAGGGGCGGAUCGGUGGAAUGGGCUUCCAAGGACAAAUCCAGCAAGAAGCAUGUUAUAGAGGUGAAGACUCGGCAGGGCACAGAGCUGCUGAUCCAGUCAGAGAACGACGGUUUGGUCAACGAAUGGUACCGGACGCUGUUGGACACCAUCAGCACCCAUGCCUGGGAGUCUGACGAGGCCAUUGAAGAGGACAUGCCGGAGUCUCCUGGUGCUGAGAAACAUGACAAGGAGAAAGAAAACAGAGACUCAAAGAAAGGCAGAGCCAUGAAGACCUCCACCAGCAUGGACGCCUCCGACAACAAGAAGACCAGACACAAGCUGAAGAAGUUCCUGACCCGCAGACCGACCCUGCAGGCCGUCAGAGACAAGGGAUACAUCAAAGAUCAGGUGUUCGGCUGCAGUCUGUCCAGUUUGUGUUACAGGGAGAACGACACGGUGCCGAUCUUUGUCAAGAUGUGCAUCGACCACGUGGAGAACAACAGUCUGUGUAUAGACGGGCUGUACAGAGUUAGUGGGAACCUGGCGAUCAUACAAAAACUACGCUUUGUUGUCAACCACGAUGAGACGGUGAACCUGGCAGACGAGAAAUGGGAGGACAUCCACGUGACCACUGGAGCUUUAAAGAUGUACUUCAGAGAGCUGCCAGAGCCUCUCUUCACCUACGCUCUCUUCCAUGACUUUGUCAGCGCCAUCAAGAUUUCAGACUACAAGCAGAGAGUUCAGUCCAUCAAGGAUCUGGUCAGACAGCUGCCCAAACCAAACCACGACACCAUGCAGGCUCUCUUCAAACACCUCAGGAAGGUGAUCGAAUACGGCGAGGAAAACCGUAUGACCACCCAGAGCGUGGCCAUCGUGUUCGGCCCAACGCUGCUGCGGCCCGAAACGGAGACCUGCAACAUCGCGGUCCACAUGGUCUACCAGAACCAGAUAGUGGAGCUAAUACUGCUGGAGUACGAGAACAUUUUCGGCAGGUAGAAAGAGACGCCGGGGGAUGAGGCUCUAUUUUUUCUCCCACUCUCUCUCUCUUUCUCUCUCCAACGCAGAGCCCGGCCCGGCCUGGCCUGGCUCGGCUCAGCUCAGUCCAGCCCGGUGCAGCUUCUAUUCAUCUCAAACCAACCUGCGGCCACUGGCUUCUCCACCAAAUCGUACAACCUCCGGACCAAAUACGUCACGAACCAAAACAAAGCUGUAAAUAACAAGCGACCAAAAAAAAAAAAAAAAAAAAGUUUAGACUCUUUGCACUUUUCAUCGUCUCGUUUUCUCCUGCAGCUACAUUUGUGCCACUUUACUGCAAAAGUUGACGUCCUCCUGUCGCUGACACUGGAUUCCUUAAAAUAAUAUUCUGAGGCCAAACAAACCUCUACUACUGCAUAGACCGACUGAGACCAAAGCAGAGGAACAGGCCUCAGAAGCCUCUAAAUCCAGAGGAGGCUUCUCUACUGGAGGUUGGAGAACGUACCGUACUGUAUAACCUGAUUCAUGUAUCAUCACUCUUGUAUGAACCACACUGGGGAACCAAAAGAGGAAACCAAACUGCUGUCAGAAGAAACAGAACAAGGAGAAGAAGAGAUGAAUAUGGAGGUCAUUUUCUUUUUUUAGGAACUGUAUGAACAUUUUCUGCCAUUGCUGGAACUGCUCUCUCUUUCACAAUGUCUUUAUUUAAAGUAUUUUUGUUUCCUUCUGCCUCUUUGUCAUCGCUAUGAAAUCUCCUCUCAAUCCUGAAAUACUGGACCGGGGUCCUCUGAACACAUGAGAGGGUUAUCACUCUGUAAUAUAUCUGCUCGCCAGCUUCUCCAUUUGGCUUUAAGAACAAAUCAUCUUGCAGCAUUAGGAAGUAGAAAAAAAAAUGGUACUCAGCAGUGUCUUUCCCUCAACUCUUGGAUAUUAAAACGUUAAGGCAAACGGCCUUUGAACAUGACUCCGUUGAUUAAAUCUGUACAGUGUUUUAUGUGUGUGCAUGUGGGUGAGGUGGAUGGAUGAAUGCAUUUAAUGACAGUAUAUUGUACAAAAAGUAAAUAUAAGUAUGUAUGCCUGGAAUGCUGAAUAUGUGACACAAGGGAGAAAUCACUAUUUUGUGAUCAUUGUGUGACCAACAGAUGUUAGAGGGGGUGAGGUUAUGAAUUGGGGAUGUGGAGGUUUACCUGCAUGUCCGGUAAAUGGAAGUUGUUGAAUGUAAAUUCGGAGAGUAACUGUUGGCUUUAACAAACUGGAAUAAAGAGCUCUAAUAAGAGAU